AUGCGCGAUAAUGGUGAGAAGCCCGAUUUCCGUCUCCAGUUUUUCAAUUCCUCAUCCCACUUCGAAUCAGGAAUACAAACAAGUACUCGCCCAACUUCUCUUGAAUCCUCAUUCCGUCAAAUAGUUAAUUAUGGGUUGAGUCCUGAUGCUGUUGCAUUCCCGGGUGUUCUUUGCGCCUGCGAGCAUGGAGGUUUGGUUGGUCGAGGGAAAGAAUACUUAAGGAGGAUGAGUGAGGAAUGUGGUUGCGUGGUCGACCUUUAUGAUAGUAGUGGUCUCAUGGAAGAGGCUUGGGAUAUGAUAAAUCCAUGCGAGCAGCCAGACGUGCUUGUGUUGAUCCAUCUAUUGUGUGGUUCGAGGAUCUAUGGAAACAUUAAAAUAUGUGAGACUGCAAUCAAGAAACCGUUUUGGGAACCCACCAAUAGUAGUGCCAAUGUUCUAUCGAAUUUCCAUGCAAAAAUGGGUAAAUGGAACGGAGAGAGAUCUGACAAGGGAUCAAGAAAGUACAUGGUUGCAGUUUGGCUAAGGCAAGAGGUGGCCCUAUGA